AUGAGAGCAAGUAUCCCUGCCUUCCCUCCUCACGUCCCUGCCUUCCCUCCUCACGUCCCUGCCUUCCCUCCUCACGUCCCUGCCUUCCCUCCUCACGUCCCUGCCUUCCCUCCUCACGUCCCUGCCUUCCCUCCUCACGUCCCUGCCUUCCCUCCUCACGUCCCUGCCUUCCCUCCUCACGUCCCUGCCUUCCCUCCUCACGUCCCUGCCUUCCCUCCUCACGUCCCUGCCUUCCCUCCUCACGUCCCUGCCUUCCCUCCUCACGUCCCUGCCUUCCCUCCUCACGUCCCUGCCUUCCCUCCUCACGUCCCUGCCUUCCCUCCUCACGUCCCUGCCUUCCCUCCUCACGUCCCUGCCUUCCCUCCUCACGUCCCUGCCUUCCCUCCUCACGUCCCUGCCUUCCCUCCUCACGUCCCUGCCUUCCCUCCUCACGUCCCUGCCUUCCCUCCUCACGUCCCUGCCUUCCCUCCUCACGUCCCUGCCUUCCCUCCUCACGUCCCUGCCUUCCCUCCUCACGUCCCUGCCUUCCCUCCUCACGUCCCUGCCUUCCCUCCUCACGUCCCUGCCUUCCCUCCUCACGUCCCUGCCUUCCCUCCUCACGUCCCUGCCUUCCCUCCUCACGUCCCUGCCUUCCCUCCUCACGUCCCUGCCUUCCCUCCUCACGUCCCUGCCUUCCCUCCUCACGUCCCUGCCUUCCCUCCUCACGUCCCUGCCUUCCCUCCUCACGUCCCUGCCUUCCCUCCUCACGUCCCUGCCUUCCCUCCUCACGUCCCUGCCUUCCCUCCUCACGUCCCUGCCUUCCCUCCUCACGUCCCUGCCUUCCCUCCUCACGUCCCUGCCUUCCCUCCUCACGUCCCUGCCUUCCCUCCUCACGUCCCUGCCUUCCCUCCUCACGUCCCUGCCUUCCCUCCUCACGUCCCUGCCUUCCCUCCUCACGUCCCUGCCUUCCCUCCUCACGUCCCUGCCUUCCCUCCUCACGUCCCUGCCUUCCCUCCUCACGUCCCUGCCUUCCCUCCUCACGUCCCUGCCUUCCCUCCUCACGUCCCUGCCUUCCCUCCUCACGUCCCUGCCUUCCCUCCUCACGUCCCUGCCUUCCCUCCUCACGUCCCUGCCUUCCCUCCUCACGUCCCUGCCUUCCCUCCUCACGUCCCUGCCUUCCCUCCUCACGUCCCUGCCUUCCCUCCUCACGUCCCUGCCUUCCCUCCUCACGUCCCUGCCUUCCCUCCUCACGUCCCUGCCUUCCCUCCUCACGUCCCUGCCUUCCCUCCUCACGUCCCUGCCUUCCCUCCUCACGUCCCUGCCUUCCCUCCUCACGUCCCUGCCUUCCCUCCUCACGUCCCUGCCUUCCCUCCUCACGUCCCUGCCUUCCCUCCUCACGUCCCUGCCUUCCCUCCUCACGUCCCUGCCUUCCCUCCUCACGUCCCUGCCUUCCCUCCUCACGUCCCUGCCUUCCCUCCUCACGUCCCUGCCUUCCCUCCUCACGUCCCUGCCUUCCCUCCUCACGUCCCUGCCUUCCCUCCUCACGUCCCUGCCUUCCCUCCUCACGUCCCUGCCUUCCCUCCUCACGUCCCUGCCUUCCCUCCUCACGUCCCUGCCUUCCCUCCUCACGUCCCUGCCUUCCCUCCUCACGUCCCUGCCUUCCCUCCUCACGUCCCUGCCUUCCCUCCUCACGUCCCUGCCUUCCCUCCUCACGUCCCUGCCUUCCCUCCUCACGUCCCUGCCUUCCCUCCUCACGUCCCUGCCUUCCCUCCUCACGUCCCUGCCUUCCCUCCUCACGUCCCUGCCUUCCCUCCUCACGUCCCUGCCUUCCCUCCUCACGUCCCUGCCUUCCCUCCUCACGUCCCUGCCUUCCCUCCUCACGUCCCUGCCUUCCCUCCUCACGUCCCUGCCUUCCCUCCUCACGUCCCUGCCUUCCCUCCUCACGUCCCUGCCUUCCCUCCUCACGUCCCUGCCUUCCCUCCUCACGUCCCUGCCUUCCCUCCUCACGUCCCUGCCUUCCCUCCUCACGUCCCUGCCUUCCCUCCUCACGUCCCUGCCUUCCCUCCUCACGUCCCUGCCUUCCCUCCUCACGUCCCUGCCUUCCCUCCUCACGUCCCUGCCUUCCCUCCUCACGUCCCUGCCUUCCCUCCUCACGUCCCUGCCUUCCCUCCUCACGUCCCUGCCUUCCCUCCUCACGUCCCUGCCUUCCCUCCUCACGUCCCUGCCUUCCCUCCUCACGUCCCUGCCUUCCCUCCUCACGUCCCUGCCUUCCCUCCUCACGUCCCUGCCUUCCCUCCUCACGUCCCUGCCUUCCCUCCUCACGUCCCUGCCUUCCCUCCUCACGUCCCUGCCUUCCCUCCUCACGUCCCUGCCUUCCCUCCUCACGUCCCUGCCUUCCCUCCUCACGUCCCUGCCUUCCCUCCUCACGUCCCUGCCUUCCCUCCUCACGUCCCUGCCUUCCCUCCUCACGUCCCUGCCUUCCCUCCUCACGUCCCUGCCUUCCCUCCUCACGUCCCUGCCUUCCCUCCUCACGUCCCUGCCUUCCCUCCUCACGUCCCUGCCUUCCCUCCUCACGUCCCUGCCUUCCCUCCUCACGUCCCUGCCUUCCCUCCUCACGUCCCUGCCUUCCCUCCUCACGUCCCUGCCUUCCCUCCUCACGUCCCUGCCUUCCCUCCUCACGUCCCUGCCUUCCCUCCUCACGUCCCUGCCUUCCCUCCUCACGUCCCUGCCUUCCCUCCUCACGUCCCUGCCUUCCCUCCUCACGUCCCUGCCUUCCCUCCUCACGUCCCUGCCUUCCCUCCUCACGUCCCUGCCUUCCCUCCUCACGUCCCUGCCUUCCCUCCUCACGUCCCUGCCUUCCCUCCUCACGUCCCUGCCUUCCCUCCUCACGUCCCUGCCUUCCCUCCUCACGUCCCUGCCUUCCCUCCUCACGUCCCUGCCUUCCCUCCUCACGUCCCUGCCUUCCCUCCUCACGUCCCUGCCUUCCCUCCUCACGUCCCUGCCUUCCCUCCUCACGUCCCUGCCUUCCCUCCUCACGUCCCUGCCUUCCCUCCUCACGUCCCUGCCUUCCCUCCUCACGUCCCUGCCUUCCCUCCUCACGUCCCUGCCUUCCCUCCUCACGUCCCUGCCUUCCCUCCUCACGUCCCUGCCUUCCCUCCUCACGUCCCUGCCUUCCCUCCUCACGUCCCUGCCUUCCCUCCUCACGUCCCUGCCUUCCCUCCUCACGUCCCUGCCUUCCCUCCCGUAGGUUCGGGGCCCCACUAUUUACGGUUGCGACACCAUGUGUCAUACAGCCAGUAUGCAUAUGCAAAGCUGCAGGUUUUGCAUGCAAUCCUGCUACACACAGGGCAAAGCCAGGCCUGGGCAAUUUUGGCGACAUGA